GGUUCUGUGGCGGACUGACAAAAGUCGAAAAGUGAAACCGGGAAAGGACAAUAAUUCCGAAUUCGUUUCGAAAUAGCUUAUUUUUUGACAGUGUCGCGACAGUUAACAACGCUCAACUCUUAUUUUUUAAAGUGUCCCAAAAUACUAAUUCAGCAGCAAAAUAAAUAAUACACAAAAAUACAAAGAAAGUUAAGUUUGUAAUCAAAAACCCGGCUUCAGAUUCGUAUCACGCUUUCCGCGGCGGCUGGUAAUCAAAAUCAGGAGAAGAUAACUCACGGAAAUGCAAAUCAGGCGACGGGCGUCCCAGGGGGCGUGCCAGAAGCCACACAAUAGAUCCAACUGAAAGCUGGGAGAGAGCUCAUUAAAAGAACCCUUACCAAUCGAGGCUUGCCUCUGAUAUAACUGGCCUCUAUAAUCACACAUAUAUUGGGAAAGAUGGCCAGCCGACGGACCAUGUCGAUGCUAUUGUUGGGCAGUCUAAUUAGUGGCUGGCCAAAAGCCUCUUUGGGGGCCACCAGCAGCAAUGGAAGCUACAGCUACAGCAGCGGGGGCAACACUAGCACCAAUAGCUUCACAUUUCCCUCGGAAUUCUCGGAUCACAAUGCCAACGAUUCCAUGGAAUAUGAUGCCGAGAGUGUGGCCCUUGAGCGCAUCGUCUCCACAAUAGUUCCGGUAUUCUUUGGCAUUAUCGGAUUUGCCGGACUCCUGGGCAACGGACUGGUUAUACUAGUGGUUGUGGCCAACCAACAGAUGCGUUCAACCACCAACUUGCUGAUUAUUAACCUGGCCGUCUCGGACAUCCUGUUCGUCAUCUUCUGCGUACCCUUCACGGCCACCGACUAUGUCCUGCCGGAGUGGCCAUUCGGCAAUGUUUGGUGCAAGUUCGUCCAGUACAUGAUUGUGGUCACCUGCCACUGCAGUGUCUACACACUGGUACUGAUGUCCUUUGAUCGCUUCCUGGCCGUGGUUCAUCCCGUGACGAGCAUGUCCUUGCGAACCGAACGCAAUGCCACACUAGCCAUCAUGUGUGCCUGGAUAACAAUUGUCACCACCGCCAUUCCAGUGGCUCUUUCACACUCGGUGCGAAUCUAUCAGUAUCAUGGAAAUGCCGGGACAGCUUGCGUCUUUUCCACAGAAGAGGAAGUGUGGAGUCUCGUCGGUUUUCAGGUCUCAUUCUUUUUGUCAUCGUAUGUGGCACCUUUGACGCUGAUUUGCUUCCUUUACAUCGGAAUGCUGGCUCGUCUGUGGAAAAGUGCUCCAGGCUGCAAACCUUCUGCCGAGUCACGCAAGGGAAAGCGACGCGUCACCCGAAUGGUUGUUGUUGUCGUUCUGGCAUUUGCCAUUUGUUGGCUGCCAAUUCAUGUAAUUCUUGUGCUGAAGGCUUUGGAUCUUUAUGGGGCAAGUCAUCUGUCGGUCAUCAUUCAGAUCAUUUCGCAUGUGGUGGCCUACACUAAUUCCUGCAUCAAUCCGAUACUCUACGCCUUCCUGUCCGACAACUUCCGCAAGGCUUUCCGCAAGGUGGUUUGGUGUGGUAGCCCACCGCCUCUGAUGACCAAUCAACAGAUGACCAAGACGACGCGAACUGCAACCGGCAACGGAACGUCCAAUAUUGAUAUGCUCUAA